AUGGUACUCUUCCCCGUCGUACAAGCGGGAGGUCGGGCUUACGAGCCCGCACCUUGGACUCGCGACCGGAGCAAAGUGCAAAGACGGAUAAAUCGAUGGCGACUAAAGAGGUGGUUUGACAGACAGGCCGAAGCGUUCGCCUUGUCGAAAGCCAGAGUCAAGGAGGACGACGAUGCCGACUGGGAGUGUACAGAUAUGCUUGGCCGUGGCGCCUUUGGGAUGGUCGGCCAAUGGUCCAAAUACGACAGUCGAGGAAAUGUUGUUGAUACUAUUGCCAUCAAACAAGCCGACAUCGACACGUACCGGGAGGUCGCGGCGGAUGGAAGCCCGACGUUACCCUGGGAAGCAUUGAUCAUGAGAGGUCUCGCUCAGAACGGGUGCAACAACUCAACUGAAUUGCGUGGUCUCAAGUUCUACACCGCUGAGUCUCCAAUGAAGUGGAGAUAUUACCUCGAGUACUACAAGUAUGGGUCUUUGCAUAGUCUGGUUGAAUCUUACAAGGACUGGAAUAGGAGACAUCCUGGGCGACCGGAACGCAUUCCGGAGGCGUUCAUAUGGCAGGCGCUUCAUGGCCUUGCAUUAGCUGCGUACCACAUGUGGACGGUGCGCUUUGACGAUAUCGUGAUACCCGGCAGAGAUCCAUAUGUCUUGCACCUGGAUUUGAAGCAUGAAAAUGUCCUCCUAGGCGAUCCGCGCCCCGAUAGAACGAAGAUGCAGUAUCCUACGCUCAAGGUGGGAGAUUGGGGCAUGGCCGAGUACACGUCCAGGGACGAUCCGAACAACAGCCGGAAAUACAGAAACUAUGGUACAAUCAUUUGGAUGCCUCCGGAACAACGCGACCGCGGCAGGUAUGGCUCGAAUUGGCGGCACAGAGUCCUGGGAACGUCCGAAUCUCCUUACAGCAUCGCGCAUGUGAUUUGGCAAGUGGGCGCCAAUAUCUACGGCCUGAUGACCAUGGAUUUGUACAACGAGCAGCUCGAUAAGAUGGUCGACCGGUGCGAGAGGUCGGAACAUGAGCUGCGUGGUUGUGGAUACUCGCCAUUUGGGCCCGGCGGGUAUCGAAGCAGCCAUUACUCGUCGAAGUUGACCAAGUUGGUCGAAGAUUGUCUUAGGUUGGAUCCGCAUUUGAGACCUAGUCCGAGUGAGUUGGGACAACGGGCGUCGGACGGAAUGCAGCCGUAUACUGAUAGGUAUCUGAGGACGGGGAAGUUGGACGUCUUGAGACUCAAUAUGAAUUGA